AUGGCGAGAAUUAACUGGUGUUACUUGCGACAGAAGAAUGCCAGUGAAACUCGAGGGUUUGGUUUUAAGUCCAUGAUAAGACCAGUCCUCAUGUACGGCAGUGAAACGUGGGCCGUAACACAAAAGAACGUGAAUACCAUUCAAGUUGCUGAAAUGAAGAUCCUGAGAUGGAUGUGCGGCGUCAGCAGGCUCGAUAAGAUCCGCAACGAGUUCGUGCGAGGCAGCCUCGGUGUGCGCGACAUCGCCGACAAGAUGCAGGAGAGUAGGCUGCGAUGGUAUGGUCAUGUAAGGAGGAGGCCGCCAGACUACAUCGGUAAUUUAGCACUGUAA